UUGAUAAUUGUAUUUGUUUCAUUAGAAAUAAAAUAAUAACAAAACAUUGAAGAUUUAUCCAUGGUAUUGUCUUAAUAAGAACAUAAGUUAAAAUAUUUGAAACAACUUACCCACACCACUGAAAAUUAUUUGUUAUAAGAAAUAAAUUUCUUGAAUCCUUAUUAUAAAAGAGCCGACAUGACUGUUAAUAAUACAAUUGCACAUCAACGCUUAAUAUUAAGUGGGGACCGAGAAAGAUUCAAAGAAUUAUUGAGAAGACGUUUAAUUGAAUGUGGCUGGCGAGAUCAAGUGAGAAUGUUGUGUCGUGAGAUAGUUAAGGAAAAUGAGAGCAGCAAUGUCACUUUUGAUAUGUUGGUGACAAGGGUCACGCCUCGUGCUCGAGCAUUAGUCCCCGACACAGUGAAGAAAGAAUUACUACAGAAAAUUAAAACACAUCUUUUAACACAAAAAGAUCAGUAGACUUGUUAGAAUUUCACUCAAUGGUAUCGAAAUAAAAUUUGUUUUAC